GCGAGGAGGUAUUUCGCACAACACCGGAGGGACACGAAGAAGACACUACCAGCGUGAGCCAUGGCGCCCCAGGAGAAGAGGGAAGAGCUUACGUGGAUGCAUGUCCUCGUACGUGUCUUUCUCAACUCCACGACACACCCCAUUGAGUAUGCCAAGGUGCUCAUCCAGCUUGGUCAUGAGCCUUUGAAGCCCUACAAGUCGAGGACAGUCUUUGGGCGAGAAGCCUUUUACUACCCAAGUGUAUUCAGCUACAUUGUCCACAUCAAGAAUCGUGAUGGAUUUUUUGGCUGCUACAGGGGACUGGGACCCAAGCUGACAGCCAAUAUUGUCAGUGGCAUUGCAUUCCAGAGAGUCACUGAGAGCAUCAAGUUCAAAGAUUUUGAUGGGGAUGAUGUUGACAUUGAAAAUUUAACCAUGAAGGAGCGAACACAGAGGUUCUUACAAAAUACUUCACGAGAGACAGCUGGUCGGGCAGCUGCCAUCCUAGUCUCACAGCCUUUCCAUGUCAUUGCUGUGCGUUGCAUGGCUGAAUUUGUGGGCGAAGAAGGACAAUAUACGAGUGUAUUUACUGCUGUGGGAAUCAUAUACAAAGAGGAAGGAAUAAAAGGAUUUUUCUGUGGAUUGAUUCCACGUCUUCUAUGUGACCUUACUGCUCUCUGGCUUGGCAAAACCCUUGCUCACAUAAUUAACAACUACUUACUUGAAGAUAGAGACUUGAAGCAGUAUGUAUCAGCAUCAAUGAAUUUUCUGGCUUCUGCCAUGACUUACCCAUUACAAGUAGUAUCAAACUGCAUGGCAGUGUCUGGCAGUGGAUUGACUGCAGGCUCCCCACCCAAUAUGCCAAUCUUCAGUGGCUGGCUUGAUUGCUACAGCCACUUGCGUCAGGUUCGAGGACUGAAACGAGGCUCCUCCAUGCUGUGGCGGCCCUUCACAGGUGCUACUGUGAUGAUGGGUGGCAGCCUGGCCAUCCCUACCUCAUCCAUGUUCUCACAACCAUCUCUUUCUUAAGUCCAUUCAAAGACUUGAUUUUAGGUAAUCUAUGCUGCCAAUUCAUUGGGUAUUUUGUUGUAUAACAACAUUUUGCAGAACCUUUUUUAAGUUAAGACUCAUUUACCAGGGAAACAAUAUCUACAUAUUUCAUCAAGUUUAUUCAUAUCAGGAAAAAUAUACAGGAGUGUCAGUUCACUAGAUUAACAUUAAAAACAAAGUAUAUUUAUCCUUUGAAAAUAUGCUAAUUCCUUGCAAAUAGGUCUUUUGUUGAGUCACUUUACUAUGGUUUGAAUAGUCAAGAUACCCAUAUGAGAUAAUUAUGCCAGAGAAACCUGCAGCACUUAGACAUCUUUUACACAAGGGUGUAACUAAAUGCAAAGUGAUACUAUGCUUUAUAGCAGUGUUAGUGGGACCCCAGAAAAGUAAUGACUUUGCAUGGAAUGUUUGUAUGAGUUUUAAGUGAUAUACAUUAGCAUUAGGAAGUAAGCUACCAAAGUGAAUAAUUACAUGUACAUAGCAUAUAAAAGUGUGAUUGAGCUGUAAUAAUACCAGUAAAUUUGAAAAACCA